AUGUGGAAGAAUAAAUAUGCCAAAGAGUACAUGGAAUUAUUUCUCGAGAAGCACAAGUGCAACAACGUGUGCAAAGCCCUUGAACUACCCGACUUGGUCGAAAUCCCUUGGGUCCCGCCACCCAGUGCCCCGGACAACUUUGCCAAUGACCUGGGCCACUUUUGCCGAGCCACCGUCAACACUGCUCAAUCCACCAGCAACAACCCACAAACCGCCUGCGAGAUCAGUCAAUCCAGCAGGGUCAGCCACCAAUCCACCAGCAACAUCAGUCAAUCCACAAGCAACAUCGGACACACCACUGGUAACACUGGACUAACCAAUGAACCAACACCUGGCCCUACGGAUGAGGAUCUGGGGCUGAUCUCAGUUGUCAGACUGGGCACCCAGGCGCUGAGCCACAUCUCAUCCAUCACCCAAACUCCAGCUCAGCUCACCCUCCUCCUUAGACCCAAGAGCCUGGCCCCAUUAGGAAUCCAACCGGUAGCUAUAAACGCGAACGAUCCGUUGGAUCGAUCGCUAUUCAGGGUAGCUAUAAACGCGAACGAUCCGUUGGAUCGCUCGCUAUUCAGGGUAGCUAUAAACGCGAACGAUCCGUUGGAUCGCUCGCUACUCAGGGUAGCUAAAACCGCGAACGAUCCGUUGGAUCGCUCGCUAGUCAGGGUAGCUAAAACCGCGAACGAUCCGUUGGAUCGCCCGCUAGUCAGGGUAGCUAAAACAGCAAACGAUCCGUUGGAUCGCUCGCUAGGUAGCUUACAAGUGAAUUGUCCUUCCUGCUCCAUCUUCAGAAACCCCGUGCCCAAAAAAAUGACCAGGAAUGCCCAAAGGCGACUCCUCAAUGCCAACCCAAGCCUCAAAAAGGGCCCCUUGGCCAAUGGAAGCCCUGAUCAGCUUGUUCGGCGCAAGGCCGGCAACCAUCAGGGUGAAAGUUGGCCAUGUGUGGUCCGUGCCUCAUCCACUCAAAGCAAGGGCCCCUUGGCACAUGGAAGCCCUGAUUUGCUUGUUUGGCGCAAGGCCGGCAACCAUCAGGGUGAAAGUGGGUCGUGUGUGGUCAGUGCCUCAUCAACUCUCAGCAAGGGCCCCUUGGCACAUGGAAGCCCUGAAUUGCUUGUUUGGCGCAAGGCCGGCAACCAUCAGGGUGAAAGUGGGUCAUGUGUGGUCGGUGCGUCAAGUGAGGAUGAUGAAAGUGAGGAUGAUGAGCCACUUUGGAAUCAUAAACCUUCCCGUCAAAUCGCACUAUCUUCAGGCCUUGUACCUCACUUCAUCCUAGAGUAUCACUCCUUCCAAACAUCUCCAUCUACUCCAAUAUUCGACAAACUCUGUGAUGUGAUCCAAACGCUCCAUGCCAUGGCCAGAUAUCGUCCGCAUAACAAACGAAAUACCCAACGACUCAAUGGUGAAAUGCAUCUGAUAGGAUUCCGCCCAGGAAAUGACGAUGGCAAGUCUGGAGGUACUUAUGUACGCAACACACUCACCCCUGCUCAAACCGCCGAAGACGAUGCAAACUGGGCCAAGCUUCAAUCCCACAACAACUUCCUUGCUGGCAGGAUGGAAGCUCUCUCUCGAACUGCCUUCCUGGAAAAUCAAGCCCUGAUGCAAGAAUACGGAAUCCCUAAUUGGACUCAGGAGGAGUGGACUGAAAUGAAGAAUGAAGAUCGUGAACACCUCAAAUUCGCUGCAAAUGUUUCCGUCACAUAUAACGAUUUCUACAACCAAGCCCAUCAAGAUAAGAACGACUUAAAUGGAUGGACCUAUGACUACCAAGUUCGAACAUUGUACAACUCCUCCUCCUCCUUCCCUUUCUUCUCAAAAUGA